CCCCACAACACAUCCAGAUGCACCUUUCCGCUGGUCUGACGUGGAGACGUGGAAGCAUAUGCCAGUCAGUACUGGUGGCCACCCAACAGAGGCAGAAUACAGCCUGCCCAUGGAGGGAGAUGAGAUUGUGAUUCCUGAGAGCAUGUGACUAGUUGUGGACACGGCCACACCCAAGCUUGGCCGUGUCUUUGUGUAUGGCACCAUUGAGUUUGAUGACACGAUGGACCACAGAUUUGAGGCCACCAUUAUUUACAUCCAGGGAGGCUCUUUAGUGGCUGGCUACUCCUCAGACACUCCCUUCACCCACAGUCUCAUCAUUCGACUGAUGGACCCUGAAGAUGUUGAUGCCUAUAGCAUGAACUUGGGCUGGAAAACUAUAGGUGUGUUUGGCUAUCUCAGGCUGCAUGGGCAGGUGUGGGGGAGAUCAUGGCACAAGCUUGGGGCCACAGUGGAGGUUGGGACCAGCCACAUAACUCUGGCCGAGGCUCCUGAUGCUUCCUGGCUCAAUAAGGAGGUGGUUGUGACAACAACAAGAAAAGAGGCAACAGAGAGCAAAGUGAGGCGAGUGGUAGCAAUCAAUGGUGCCACACUCACCCUAGACUCAGCACUCAAAUUCCAGCACCUUGGGGAGAUACACACGCUGUCAGACGGCACUUCCAUCACACUGGCUGGGGAGGUCAGUCUCCUGAGCCGGAACAUUGCGGUGGAAGGAACCACGGAGAACAGCAACGGGGGAAGAAUUCUGGUCUCCACAGUCUUCCAGAAUGGCAAGCAUUAUGUUGGUUCGGCCCAAGUGGAUGGCGUGGAGUUCCGUAACAUGGGGCAGGAAGGCUUCACCGACAUCACUGACCCACGCUACUCCAUUGCCUUCCUGGGCCUUGAUGCCAUUGAUGACCAUUCUAGCUACGUCAAGAGGUCAUCAUUCAAUGUCAACUAUAAUGUGGCUGUUGGGCUCAUCAAGACCUUGAACAUGGUAGUGGAGGAGAACGUUAUCUAUCAUGUGCUGGAUUCAGGCAUAAGAGACGAGACAGGUUCCAACACCUACAGGUGGAACCUCAUCACAACUGUGUUCUUCCUGGGGACUUAUGAAGACAGACAGGAAACAGAGAACUUGAAUUGGAGUGGUGCCUUUCAGCUGGACAAUGCACCCAACACUGUACUGACUGGCAAUGUUGUUGCUGGUACAUAACAACUUCUGUGUCUUGUGUUGGUGAAGGAUAUUGGGGAAUGUGUGUCAAGACAUUGGUUAUUUGUUGUGGUGUGUUUGUCUUUUUUAGUCCUUGUGGUGCUGACUCUUGUCUCUCAUGGUGUU